CCAAAACCCAAAACCCUUUUUCUUCCUUCAUCAACUUCACACACUCUCCGCAGCCUCUGCAAACAAGGGCUUAGCUCAGAGUCAGAGGGGGCUAUCUAAAGAUUGAAACUUUGAUCGAUUUUGCUUUCAUAAUUUUGCUCAGGUACUGUUGCUUCCUUAUUGUUUGGUUUUCCUGAGUUGUUGUCUACUUGGAAGAAGAAGAAGAAUGGUGAAGGAACAUGUUCUCACAGCUUUCACUCCUAAUGGUGACUACGUGGCUAUUCUGUCUGUCGAUGGGACGGCCAAAGUUUGGAACACUGACAGUGGAAAUUUGUUAGCAGAGUGGAAGCCAUCUGAUGGAGAUCAUGAAAUUAAUUAUUCUUGUAUUGCGUGUAGUUUUAUUGGGAAAAAGCGUAGGAAAGAACAGGGAACUUGCUUAUUAGCUCUUGGCACAGUUGAUGGAAGUAUUCUGGCUGUUGAUGUUUCCACCAGUGAGAGAAAGUGGACUACUAGCCAUCCUGGGGGGGUUUGUGGACUUUCAUUUGCAAAUAAAGGACGUCUUCUUCGCAUUGUUGGACAUAAUGGGAUGGCAUCUGAGAUUAAUACUGAGACAGGAGAGCUUUUAAAGGAGUUUAGAAUCUCAAAAAAGACCAUCUCUUAUGUGGCUUUCUCACGUGAUGAAAAUUAUUUAGCUAUUGUCGGCACUAAACCACGAGUUAUAAGCUGGGAAAAUGGGAAAGAGGUUCUGAAGUUCCCUACUGAAUUGGUAAAUGUGCAGUAUGUUUCUAUAUCCAAUGAUGCCGAAGAUUUAGUUACAUUAGAUGUUGAGGGUAAACAUCUUCAAGUUUGGAGGUGCGAUUUAAAUUCAGGAACUGUGAGUAGUGGUCCUACACUUCCCGUGAGGCAUUCUCCAUUAGUUUUUGAAUGCCAUCGUGGUUGCAAUAAAGAAGAUGACUUAGCUGUCUUGGCAGUUACGGGGUCAGGGGCAGCCUUUAUGUGGAAUUUGAAUUUGAAAGCCUCUUCUGAAGAUCAGAUAAAACCAACUAAAGUUACCGCAAAGAUGAAAAAAGUUGAAACCAAUAUGGAAAACAGUGAAAGUUCAAAAAAAAGGCGGACUCCAAUCAUUGCAUCCAGAUUACAACCUGUUGGGGAAGACAAACAGAUAAAAGCUCUUGUAACUUAUGGUUCUAUAGAUCAUCCACAUUUUACUGUCUUAAAUGUUGGCAACUCAGGGGAGGAUAUAGUAUUAGAUGUUGGAGAGGAGAGUGAUUCUGUUCAGAAGCAUGACAAUCCUUCUAACAAAGAAGUACCAAUGGAAAGCAAGAAGUCUAAGAAAAGACACGCAACAUCUGAUCCUGAUCUCCCAGCCACGACUAACAAGGUGGAUUCUGAUCAAUGUGAGACCGCAGAAGGAGUGCUUGUUGAUGAUGAUUUAUGCGAGCCAACAAUGGGAGAGAAACUUAGCAGUCUCUCUUUGCUGGAUGAUAACAAAUCCAGGAGUGAUGAAGAGCAAGCAUUGACUGCCUCAGCAAAGCCUCCAAGUGCAGACUCUGUGGAUGUUUUGCUUAAGCAAGCAUUAAAUGCUGAUGAUCGUGCCCUUCUUCUGGAUUGCUUGUACACGCAAGAGGAGAAGGUUAUUAAAAAGUCAGUUGCACAGUUGAACCCAUCCAACGUUCUCAAACUUCUACACUCUCUCAUAUACAUUAUUGAAUCUAGGGGUGCGAUUUUGGCAUGUGCUCUUCCAUGGCUGAAAUGUCUACUUCUACAGCAUGCAAGCGGCAUAAUGUCCCAGGAAUCUUCCUUAAAAGAUUUGAACUCUUUGUAUCAAUUGAUUGAGGCUAGAGUCUCCACUUUUAAACCUGCAGUACAACUGUCAAGUUGCAUGGACAUUCUUUACUCAGGGGUUAUUAACGAGGAGGUAGAUGAAGUUGAAACAGUGCCAGUUAUCUUUGAGGACAAAGAUGAUAGUGAAGAAGAUGAAUCUGAGGAUGAUGAUGCCAUGGAAACUGACCAAGACAGCAAAGAUGAAGAAGCAUUUGAUGAUGUUAGUGACAUUGAAGGAAAUGAUGAUAUCAUGGAAGAUUGAUUAAUGAUGUCUUGCGAACAUGUUUUAAAAACUAUUCACAAGAUGAAGUCCCAGUAGCAAUUGGUUGAGUUGGCAGAUACUGGUAGCAAUUGUGGAAGCGCCAUACCUGAUCACUUACCAUGACAAUUUUGAAAUAUUUCAUAGUUUGACAUCUGUUUUGUUUCUUUGUUUGUUUUAACCAAGGUAUUCCCACAACGGUUAGCAAUGAGAUUAAUCUCUCGCCUCAGGCCAAGGUAGGGAGUUGGUCAAUGAUAAUUCGAUACUAUUUAUGUACUUCACAUAUACAGUUAAUCAGGUAUUAGAAUCUUUAUCUUUGAUUUGAGAAAA